GACCACCCCACGCUUCUUCCAUACACACACACACACAUCCGUAGCCAUUUUGGCUCAAGCCGGCCUUGAGUAAGACCGAAAUGGUUCAAACUAGCAAUUUCCACAUCAGUUACUCCGGCAUGGCGGCUGCCCUCUGGAUGCUCUGGUGUCCAUGUUUGCGCUCUCGUGUGCAAUGUGUUUCUUCUGGUGCUACAGUUCUUGUUCUCUCAUUGUCGAGGGCGAGGUUUCGCGUCAUAUGCACGUGCUAUCCGCUGGGCUGCUGCGAGAUGUUCGCACCCGCCUCCAUGGACACGGAGAUUGGUUUUCUUCUGCAACGCUGUACGGCACGCUGGCUUCCUGGAGGCCGCUCCUGCGCGGUGUCCGCGCCGUGCCGUGAGGCCACGGGCCCCUGCUGCCGAGGCCUCGCCGCCUCCGGAAGCACCAGGCCAUCAGAUGCGUCCUGGCGCGCGCUCUGGGCUUCACCACCGACGUGCCCAAUUACCUUCCAUGCUGUCUGAUAUGAGGCAAUCGGUGAUCGAAGACAUGCGGCGCUUGCUUGGGGAACGGUUGGGGAUUGAACGGCAGGCCAUUUCAGUGCAAGUGUCGGCUAUUGCUGUGCAGGUGGAGGCACAGCAGUCCCUUCUUCUCGCCAUGCAGCAGCAGCUCGAGCGGCAGCACAACCUCAUCGACUCGUCCACCGUCCAUGGCACGCCGCCUGCUGCAUCACCUGCAUCUCCCGAAACGGCGUUGGAGUCAGCCGUCGCGCCGCACACGCUGUCGGAGGAGAUGGAGGACGUCCCGAAGGAGGUGCUGGAUAAGACUGAUGUGCAUGCGCCGCUUAACCCUGAUGCUGCAUCGUUCGUUCCUGCCGUUGUUACGAAGGCACCCGUCUCGAUGUGCUCAGAUCAUGAUGUUGGAUCUUUGGUUGGAGUGCAAAACCAAACUAUUUCUUUCUUGCUUGGGGAGCUGUACACUCGGCAUGCGAGGUACGUUGCGCUUGCCAGCUGUAUGCAGGAGGCGGACACAAAGCUCGGCGACUUCGUCUCGUGGGCGUUCCGUGCUCUGUCUGAAGAGUACUCUCCCGCAGUGCCGCCAGUUGUUGCCAAGCCAAAAACCAUCAGCAUCGCCGACGCUCUCGGCCUCGAAGGUGCAGUCAAGAGUCUUGAGGAGAAGGUCGGGUUGCUGCGCGGCUCUCUCGGCACUGCUGCCCAGGCGCCCCUCGACAAAAGGUUAGGCCCUCUGAGGCAAGAGCUGGGAGUGAAGGCUACUAGUCAUGUUGUUCUGUGCCCUCCGUCCGCUCCCUCUCCUCGCUCCUCUCGUGCUGCCGCGCCUGUUUCGUCUCUCUCGUCCCCUCGUGCUCCUGCUCCGUCUCUGCCGGAUGGUAAUUCGAAUGCCACUCGUCACGCCAACGUACGCAAUUUGCGCGCAACACUUCCGACUACGAGGAUUUCUGGGGAGUGCCCCGAUUCAAAGCGUAUGAUAGACUCAAAGGGCAAUUCGAAGCCGUCCCGUGCGCGGACACGGCAACCAGAUGCACACGGCAUCGUCUGGAUGAUUGCAGAGGAAAUCGAUGAGCUGAAGGCCUCAUCGAGCUGAGCCGUGUGAACCGUCCGCUGGAGUACGAGCGACACACACACGCACGCACGCACG